CCAUGUUGGGGCCGAGGGGACGGCUGAGAGGCGCUUGAAGCGGCGGGAGCGGAGCGGGAGCGGGUUGGACCUGGGCUGGUAGGAGCCCCGCCCCUCCCGCCUCAGCGGAUCAUGACCCGGGCAGCGGCCGUGGAGGUCGCGGUGGCGGGGGACGUGGCGUGGCAGGGCCGGCGCUAGAGAUGAUGCCGUUUCCGGUGACAACCCCGGGAUCACAACAGAUGCCGCUGCCUCCCAAGCACUAUGGCAUCUCUUCCCCCAUCAGUUUAGCAGCCCCCAAGGAGACUGACUGCGUACUUACCCAGAAGCUAAUUGAAACCCUGAAGCCCUUUGGGGUUUUUGAAGAGGAAGAGGAACUGCAGCGCAGGAUUUUAAUUUUGGAAAAAUUAAAUAAUCUGGUAAAGGAAUGGAUACGAGAAAUCAGUGAAAGCAAGAGCCUUCCACAAGCUGUAAUUGAAAACGUUGGAGGGAAAAUCUUUACCUUUGGUUCUUACAGAUUAGGAGUACAUACAAAAGGUGCCGAUAUUGAUGCGUUGUGCGUUGCACCGAGACAUGUCGAUCGGAGCGACUUUUUCACCUCGUUCUAUGACAAAUUGAAACUACAUGAAGAAGUAAAAGAUUUAAGGGCUGUUGAGGAAGCAUUUGUACCAGUUAUUAAACUGUGUUUUGAUGGGAUAGAGAUUGAUAUUUUGUUUGCAAGGUUGGCACUGCAGACUAUUCCCGAAGAUUUGGACCUGAGAGAUGACAGUCUGCUUAAAAACUUAGAUAUUAGAUGCAUAAGAAGCCUUAACGGUUGCCGGGUGACAGAUGAAAUUUUACAUCUAGUACCAAACAUUGACAACUUCAGGUUAACUCUGAGAGCCAUCAAACUGUGGGCCAAAUGCCACAAUAUCUAUUCCAAUAUACUAGGCUUCCUGGGAGGUGUUUCCUGGGCCAUGCUAGUAGCAAGAACUUGCCAGCUCUACCCAAAUGCUAUAGCAUCAACUCUUGUACGGAAGUUUUUCUUGGUAUUUUCUGAAUGGGAGUGGCCAAAUCCAGUGCUACUGAAAGAGCCUGAAGAGCGGAAUCUUAAUUUGCCUGUAUGGGACCCAAGAGUAAAUCCCAGUGAUAGGUACCAUCUUAUGCCCAUAAUCACACCAGCAUACCCACAGCAGAACUCCACAUACAAUGUGUCUGUUUCGACAAGGAUGGUCAUGAUUGAGGAGUUUAAACAAGGGCUUGCUAUCACACAUGAAAUUUUGCUCAGUAAGGCAGAGUGGUCCAAGCUUUUUGAAGCUCCGAGCUUCUUUCAAAAGUAUAAGCAUUAUAUUGUUCUUCUAGCAAGCGCACCGACAGAAAAACAGCAUCUUGAAUGGGUGGGCUUGGUGGAAUCAAAAAUCCGAAUCCUGGUUGGAAGCUUGGAGAAGAAUGAAUUUAUUACUCUGGCGCAUGUGAAUCCUCAGUCAUUUCCAGCACCUAAGGAAAAUCCUGACAAGGAAGAAUUUCGUACUAUGUGGGUAAUUGGGUUAGUGCUAAAAAAGCCAGAAAACUCUGACGUUCUCAGUAUUGAUCUCACCUAUGAUAUCCAGUCUUUCACAGAUACAGUUUAUAGGCAAGCAAUAAAUAGCAAGAUGUUUGAGAUGGAUAUGAAAAUUGCUGCAAUGCAUUUAAAAAGAAAGGAACUUCAUCAACUACUGCCUAAUCAUGUGCUUCAGAAACGGAAAACACAUUCAAUGGAAGGUGUCACUUUGACAGCUUUGAGUGAUGGCAGCCUUGACUUGUCUGCAGCCAGUGAAGACAGCAUGUCUGUGCCCUCACCUACUGGCACUAUGAAGACCAGCCCAGUGACUGGCAGCUCUCAGGGCAGAAAUAGUCCUGUUCCUACUGUAAUGGCUGCAUCUGUGACCACCGUACAAGUUACUGAAAUUUCCUUGCAACAAGUGAAUCCCAGUGAAAGCUUAGGGGGUGCAUCGAGUGAAAGCAUUCCUCAGACUGCCUCACAACUAGCCCUUCCUCCACCACCAAAGCCCACAGUUGCCAGAGUUGUUUCUUCAGCACGUCUGGUAAACCAUCCACCCAGGCCUUCAGGGAGUCCUGCAACAAACAUAGCUAAUCCUAUUGUGGGAGUCUAGGGGACGUUCUCACCUCAUAAAGGACCAAGGAAACUUGAAAAGGAACAAUCUCAUAAAGAGACAAGUACAACUCCAUUGGAAAUUACUCAGACAGUGCUGGCCUUGUGGAAAACACCCAGGACAGAACUUUCUAAUAUCCCGGCUCUCCCUGCAAAUACCGUUCCUGUUACCAAGAAUUCAGUAAGACAGAUUGAACUAUAAAAACAACCUCAAGGGUCCAUAAACUAUAUCUGCCAACUCAACCUGUUGUCUUCAAAUUCUUAAGGAGGAGAAUGAAGGGUGCCAAACUAGAUUUGACUCAAACUAGAUUUAGCCUUAUUUGGUAACUUUAUUUGGCUAAUCUUGAUCAGAAGUCCAGGUUAGUAUAUGAAGCUAGAAGUACUAUUAUAAAUAUGUCAGCAGCAGUUAUGGUAACUAUUUUAAAGGACUACCCAUAAAGAGAAAAAAAAAACAGAAAAAAAACCCUCCAACUAUAUUUGUACCCAUGCCUGACAUCUGGACUGGAUUUAUGUUUGAUGCAUUGUU